UUGAUCUUGUCAUCUCCUCUGGGUACGCUGCUUCUCCAAGCCAAGGUGCACAGAGAAAGGAUAACAACCCGCUUUGGGCUUCGCCCCUCUCCUGGGGCUCCAGGAGGCUCUCGGCCCCCAAAUCCCCGGGUGACGUGGUAGUGGGGGUGUUUGCUGGGAGUGGUUAGAUAUUUGGCUGCCCCGCAGAGCCUGGGGCAGGCAUGUCUGUGUCCAUCCCUGAGGUCCUCGCCAGGGAAGCAGAAAGAGACACCUCCGAAAUGUCUUGUCUCCGAACAGGGCCUGCUGGGGAGAGGGCUUUUUGCCUGGGAGAUUCCUGCCUGUAGCAGAAGGAACUGCCAGCAAGGAGGUCACGAUCGUGCUUCAUGCAGAAAGCGUGCGUCGAGCUAAUGUCAGGAAGUAACUGCACCCCAGUGACCGCCUUCAGCCUAAUGGGGCUCACCAAUGACCCCGGGGCUCAGGCUGCCCUCUUCCUGCUGUUUCUGCUUAUCUAUAUUGCCACCAUCCUGGCGAACCUGGGGAUGCUCGCGUUAAUCAUGGCCAGCCCGCGGCUCCACACCCCCAUGUAUUAUUUCCUGGGCAAUCUGGCUUUCGUAGACCUCUGUUCUUCCACUGCUAUCACCCCCAAGAUGCUGGCUGACUUUCUGUGGGAGAAGUGCAUUACUUACGCUGGGUGUGUAGCUCAGUUGUUCAUUUUUGACCUUCUGGGGGUGACUGAGGGCUUCCUGCUGGCCAUGAUGGCGUACGACCGCUACGUGGCCAUCUGCCAUCCCCUGCUGUAUUUGGUCACCAUGUCCCCAAAGUGCUGUUUCCAGCUGAUGACCUGCUCGUACCUCGUGGGGCUGACGAAUGGCAUGGGGCAGACCAUCGGCAUGUUGCGUUUAUCCUUCUGCAGCUCCCGCAUCAUCGACCACUUCUUCUGUGACAUUUCCCCUCUGUUAUCGCUCUCAACCUCUGACACCACCCUCAACCAAAUUAUGCUAAGGACUUUAGCAUCUCUAUUCGGCAUCUCCAGCGGCCUCGUUGUGCUGCUCUCCUACAUCGCCAUCAUCUCCACCAUCCUGAGCAUCUGCUCGGCCGAAGGCAAGUGCAAAGCCUUCUCCACCUGCGCCUCCCACCUGACCGUAGUGAGCAUCUUCUACGGGACAUCAAUCUUUAUGUACCUAAAGGCCAGCUCCAGGGAUGAUAAGCAGGCAGCAGUGCUCUACACCGUGGUGACCCCCAUGCUGAACCCCCUGAUCUACAGCCUGAGGAACCAGGAGGUGAAGGAGGCUUUGAGGAGACUCACAAAAAUGAAAAGAUCUUGUAUGUUGUACAUGUAUGGCUAAGCAGAAUAAAGGUGUGAGUGAUGUGCUCA